CAUAUUUGCCAGCACGAUCAAGCAUCCAGCAAGCACGGGAGACGCAGCUGGGCCAGUGCAAAUCUCAACCGUGCCGUGGACAGUCAACCGCUCUCAGUGUGUCCGUACGUGUGUUUUGCUGUUGUCGUUGUUGGAGCCGCAAUAGCUCCCCAUCAUAUCCAGUGUUCCAGCGUGCGUUUGUGUUUGUGUUGAGUGUACGUGUGCGCGGUGUAACAUCUAUCCGUUUUUUUUUGCGCGCGCGUGUUUGUGUGUGUGCAGCGCCUAGAUUGGUGUGUUUUUGUAGAAGUGUGUGCAAGUGCGUUGUCCAAGUCGCAAGAUCGACGCUUUUUUUUCCUGCUUCAAUCCGAAAGCUCACGCCUAAAGCUUAACGAGCAGAAUCGAGAAUCGAGGUGUGUGAGAAGAACGAAGUUGGUUUUGCUUUGCUGGUGUGUGCGUUUUGUUCGCAUUAGGCAAGGAAUAGAUGCGAACGGAAAGGUAAACGUGCCAGUAACACGUCUUCCACGGUUCGCUAUCCUUCACGAUCGCUAUCGAUUCCGGACCAUCGUGGUCCGUGUCCAUUGACAGCCGGUUAGGCUUCUGCUUCGACUACAACGCGUUCGACCAACAGAUCAGCCCAGCAGCACUCAAUCUGUGCAACAUUAAAUCUUUGCUAUAAUACAGAGAUCAGUUACGCAGCGAACGGUGACCGGGGCUGUUCGGUGUUUAGGCACCAGUGCACAACUAGGAAGACACGACCGUACACUACGGUGGCUAACAGCAGCAUUUCUCGGUGUGAACAACGUGACAAAUUCGUGCACCGAUCUCGUGCCCCCAACAUGGCUUCCACGCUAAUGUUCUGGAACAAGCAGAACUCCAACUCCAACCAAAAUGGAAACGAUGCCAAGAACACAAAAAACGGCCGCAACUGGUUGCACGCGCCAGAUGUGCUCAUCAACGGACAUGUCGCUUAUCUAGUCAAAUACCUCGGUAGCACUCCCGUGGAGCAGCCAAAGGGUAUCGAAGUUGUCAAGGAAGCCAUCCGGAGGCUGCAGUUCACACAGCAGAUGAAGAAGGCAGAAGGUGGUGGCAAUGUGAAGACGAAGAAGGUCGAAAUUACCAUCAGUGUGGACGGUGUAGCAAUACAGGAACCACGAUCACUGACUAUCAUGCACCAGUUUCCGCUGCACAAGAUAUCGUACUGCGCGGACGAGAAGGGCGUUAAGAAAUUCUUCAGCUUCAUCGCCAAAACCGGCACGGCGGCAACGACUACGGCCUCUAUCAGUUCUGGCGAUGAUACGAACAGUUCGAACAAUUCCACCACCAGCAACGGUACGGAGGACCGGCACGAAUGCUUCGUGUUCAUCUCGAGCAAGCUCUCCUCGGACAUAACGCUCACGAUCGGGCAAGCAUUCGAUUUAGCUUACAGGCGUUACGUCAGCGAUAGUGGCAAAUCGCUUGAGUCGGUCAAACUUCUCGCGCAGAAAAAACAGCUGGAACACACGAUCACCGCCUAUCGGCAACGGCUCCGUGAUCUGUCCGAGCUGGUCUCGAAAGCGGAACUGGAGAAACUGCUGCUGAAGAUGGGCCUCAGAGACAUUUGUGAUGUGCCAGCGAUAGAAAAUGGCAUCGAAGGCCAUAACAAUUACAACAGCAAUAAUAACAACAUUAACAGUAACAACCAUAAUGUUAAUGGCAACAAGACGCCAGAUUUGGGAAUUGAUGUCUCGUUACCGAACAAUGACGAUCAACUACUGAUCGAAACGUCACCAAAACACUUUGCACCGAUCGUUCCACCGAGAAACAUUCAAAAUCAGAUUAACAACACACUAGAAGCACUCAAACCGUCGGUCGGUACCAAGCUGGAAGGGCUGCUUUUGAACUCAGACUCGGACAGUGAUUUCGAUCCACGUGCACCAGAUACGGACACGUGUAUCUCUACGGGUGGUGGUAACAAUAUCAGCAACGAUCUGUUCGGCUUUGAGCCACCGAAACCUACGAAUGCCACCCUUGGCCAGCAACUUUUCGGCAGUGUCACCAACAAUGGGCACAACAAUGGAUUCACCAACGGUAAUGGUGCUGUCACGAACGGAUUCAGCGCUCCGAACAGUCCUCCUCCCAUUUUGGCUCCUCCACCAGCAAAGUCCGCUCCGCGGCGAACGGUACCGCAGAGCAAUGGAACAACUAACGGAAGCAGCGCGUACCAGGAUCUAUUUGGAUCGGUACCAUUCAAUCCGCAGGGCAAUGAUGGUACGACAACAUCGACGGAAGAAUCUUUCGCCCAUGUGCUAAACGAUCGCACAUGCUCCGUCAACUCGGCCAACCUCAAAUCUGGAUUCGGUCCAUUCUCGCAAGAAGUGAACGUACUGAGCAAAAAUUCGUACCAUCUCGAUUCGAUUCUUGCGUACGGUGAGGGCUGCAAUGGUACGGGCGCCUUUAAUGAACCAACCGUCCCAAGCAGCACCACCGCCGGAACCGCUGCAAAUCUGGCCUCAAAAUUGAAUCCAUUCGCGGCGGCCAUCCGCAACAGCAAUCCGCUCGCUGCCGUGCAGCACAAAGCUGCCGCGUACGACGUGUUCAAAAACGCAGGCGACAAGGAACGGUUAACCACUAACACCGGUACGGUCUCGCAGCCAGCAUCGUUCGAUGCGGACGAUGGUGAAAUGACACACAGUGCUAACAUGACGGCCCCAGCGGCCCUUGCAUCCGACACAAUUGGCACUAACCAAUCGGUUCACAUUUCAUCCGGACCGGGGAACGAACCGGCUCACGCUUCCGAGGCGCUGUUUGAAGAUUUUGCUUUAUCGGCUUUUAACGAGUUUAAGAAAGAUUUAAGCAUCAACAGCCGCAACGUGAAGCGUCAGUCCUCGUUCCAGCAGGACCGUCUCCAUAAACCAUCGCUCGGAUCACUCAAAUCCAUCGGUGGUAGCCUCGGGGAUGCUAACGAUAGUGGUGGGGUUCGCUUGCGCCGGGCCGGUGGUGGCCCUGUGCUACUCCAGCCCGAGAUGAAGACGACCAAGAACGGUUUCUUUAGCUCCGACGAUGUGUUGGAUACGUUCGAUCCGCUAAAGAAGUAAAUUCGAACCAUCAUCCACCUGUAAUAAUACGAUCGUCACCAAUCGACGGUUUACUCGUCUCGUCGAGCGCAGGCCAACUGUUUCAAACGAGUAAUGCAUCAUUUAGACAGUAAACUAACCAACACUCUCGUACUGUACUGAAACAGUUGCAGCCCUAUACACAGCGCCCGGUAAAUCCGGUGGAGGACGUUAUUAAAAAUUUAGAACCGUGUGUGUAGUAUGUCCGCGUGUUUAUAAUUUUGUUUUGUUUUGUUUGGAAAUGGAGCGGAAAACUUUGCGUAACGCUAUGUGAAAGUAAAGUGGAUUGUAAUUUGUUAUAGUAAUUGUACGUACUCCAUUAAGUAGGGACACAUUUUCUGCAUUCUUUACCUUUUCCGUUCUGUAUUUUUGUUUUUGUUUCCUCUGAAGAAACUCGUUGCCGAACACAGUUUUGAGUUAUCUGUCCAAAAAUAGUCUUUACAAUACAAUUAACGGUGCUGAAAUUGGCAACAUUAACAGAUAUCGUGUUUGAUCGCAAUUGUAGCGUUGUAUAAAACCAAUGUGAUGCCAAAAGAAUAUUCAUGGUGACAUUAUGCUAAACGUAAAAUAUACAGCACAAUAUUCUGCAAAGAACUGUAAUCGAAGUGAAAGCAAAGGGAAUUACUAUCAAGCACAAAUAACAAUAUUCCAUUCGAUCCAUUAGUUUAGCAACGGAACGAGUUUAAGCUAGUAACAGGAAAUAUUCAAUAUACCAUCAAGCGAUAGAUUAAUUUAUAUUUACUUUUAAUCAAACACUAACGUAAAACGCUCUGUGGUAAAAUUAUCCUAAACGAAGCAUUCCCUCGAUGUAUGUGUAAAUGAUGAUUUAAAUGUUUCUUUACCUUCGUUUUUUCAUCCUUCGAAUCUCCUACCAUUUCCGAUUAGUGAAUCAAUUGGUGCAUUAGAACAAACGUUAGUGUAUGGUGUUGAGCAAUGAAAAUUUCGUGAUGGGCUAGACAAUCAAAGGGGAAAAAAAGAGAGCGAGUUAAAAUUUUACAAAUAUAUUUUGCACUUUUGGUAAAAAAAAUCAACGAGAGUGAGUUGUAAAAAAUAGAAAUUUUAAAACCGAAACACGUUAAUAGUAUGUUAGUGACUAUUUUUGUUUGUCGUAGAUUCUUUUUGGAGAGAGUAGAUUGAAAAUAGUUUGUUAUUUUGCUUUUGUUGUUUUGCUCCAUGUUUGGAUACUGUUCAACUUUAACAUUUUCCAACAUUCAUAUUCCAGUGCAUUAACGUUUUGUAAAUUUUGUCAUUUGCGUGUUUUUGACUCUCUCAAUGUGUUGUGUAUCAUGUUUGUUUUGUAUUUUGUUUCGAUUAAUUUUCCGUUUUUGUAAUCUGCAACCAAAAUCUGAAGCGUAAAAUAUUCCCCAUCACGAAACCAUUCAGUACUGUGACAGAAUAAUACGAACCAUUACACAUAGGUUUAUAGAGGUAUGCAAUAAUACAUGUAAUGCUAGUGGAUAGAUGUAGCGCAGAGAGAAACCCCGGUUCCAAAUUGUAUCACGACCGGAUCGUAGCCAGCGUUUUCCAUUUACAUUUUUGCUUUUCUUAACAUACUUUGUGGUUAGUUUCGGUACGGCUAUUGUGUAAACGAGCAAAACAGCAUUCGGAAGGAAUCGGUAGGGCCAUUGUUAUCGUAGUUGAGUAAACAUAUCAAUCUAUACAUAUGGAAUUAUAUAUAUAAUUAUGUUAGAUGAGUAUGUAGCGAAUAAACGAAAAAUAGAACA